UAUCCACCACAAACCGCCACUCAUAACAACCACAACCCCCACCACCCAUCACCAGCGUUCCAUCACCAAAAAACCAACUGGAUCAGCCCGGAAAAACGAACUUACCGGAGCUGCAACCUUUGCUGCUGAUGACACAUCGACGGGAAAGGCGGUGCGCUGCCGCCUCUGGUAGUUUGCAAAGCAGAAGUGGAGCACAAAACGGAGGGUCGUCGGACAUCGAAUUUGGUGUGUUUCGUAACCCUAACCCUAGGUUUCACCGAUCAAAUCACCAUCUGCACAUCGAAUUUGGUGGUGGCGGUGGCUGAAUUUGGUGGUGGUAACGGCUGGAUUCGGUGGUGACGGUGGGUGAACAAUUUCAGAGCUUAUAUGCCAACAAUUUCCCACUCAUUAUCCACAAAUCCAACACUCUGAUUGCAAAAUUCAGAGCUUAGAUCCAUUCUUCACACCAUUGUUGGUCGAACGAUAAAUCUGGUAUCUGGAAUAGUCUAUCAUCUUGAAUUCUCCGGCAGUCGAGGAGCUGACAAAAUUAAGCAUAGUUUGGAGAAACACAACAGGGAUCAAUCAUCUGUUGCCAAAACUAUGAGAUCAUUCUUGUGAUCAGUAAAUCACAUUUGAGUUUAAAAGCGAUUAACGUUGUGGGGUAUCAAACAUAACGUUAAUUAUGAGAGGAAGAACAGAUGGAUCUCAGAAGAAGCGAUUGCUCACUACUUUUGUUCUUGUGGGAGCCGCCCUCCUUUUCCUCUAUUUGUAUUUCCGUUCUCAGAGCGAAGGUGAAUCCGCUAUAGAGUACGGUAGCCGGUCUCUAAGAAAGCUCGGAUCAUCCUACUUAGGCGGUGAUGACGAAUCUGAUCUUGGUAGCAAGCAAGAUGAAUUUAAGUUCGGGCUCGAUGACGAGGAUGGUAUUGUACCAAAAAGCUUUCCCGUUUGUGAUGAUCGAUACUCUGAACUGAUACCCUGCCUUGACCGACAUCUUAUCUACCAGAUGAGAUUGAAGUUGGAUUUGUCUUUGAUGGAACACUAUGAAAGACAUUGCCCUCUGCCCGAAAGGCGUUUUAACUGCUUGAUUCCUCCCCCAAAUGGGUACAAGGUCCCGAUCAAGUGGCCAAAAAGCCGAGAUGAAGUAUGGAAAGCAAACAUACCACAUACCCACCUUGCACACGAGAAAUCAGAUCAAAACUGGAUGGUUGUAAAAGGCGAAAAGAUCGUAUUCCCAGGUGGAGGAACACAUUUCCACUACGGAGCUGAUAAGUACAUCAAAUCACUUGCAAAUAUGCUCAACUUCUCAAAAGAUAACAUGAACAACGAAGGAAACUUACGAACCGUUCUCGACGUCGGUUGCGGUGUCGCAAGUUUUGGUGGUUAUCUUCUGUCAUCUGACAUCAUCGCAAUGUCGUUAGCACCUAACGAUGUGCAUCAGAAUCAAAUCCAGUUCGCGUUAGAACGAGGCAUUCCUGCAUAUCUUGGUGUUCUCGGAACGAAAAGACUUCCGUACCCCAGCCGAUCUUUCGAACUUGCGCAUUGUUCACGUUGUAGAAUCGAUUGGCUACAACGGGAUGGUAUUCUUUUACUUGAGUUAGAUAGGUUGUUAAGACCAGGUGGCUACUUUGCUUACUCGUCUCCUGAAGCGUACGCGCAAGAUGAAGAGGAUCUUAGAAUAUGGAAAGAGAUGAGUGCACUUGUUGAACGCAUGUGCUGGAAAAUAGCGGCGAAGAGAAACCAAACGGUCAUUUGGGUCAAACCUUUGACUAAUGAUUGUUACUUGGAGAGAGCUCCUGGUACUCAACCUCCUCUUUGUCGAUCGGAUGAUGAUCCGGAUGCUGUUUAUGGAGUAAACAUGGAAGCUUGCAUCACACCUUACUCUGACCAUGAUCACUCAAGCAAAGGAAGCGGAUUGGCUCCAUGGCCAGCUAGGCUAACUUCUCCACCUCCUCGUCUUGCUGACUUUGGCUAUUCAAGUGAUAUGUUUGAAAUGGACACGGAGCUGUGGCGUAAGAGGGUUGAGAAUUACUGGGAUCUGUUGAGCCCCAAAAUAUCAGCAAACACUAUACGGAAUGUGAUGGACAUGAAGGCAAAUUUGGGUUCAUUCGGUGCUGCUUUGGGGAACAAAGACGUUUGGGUGAUGAACGUUGUCCCUGAAGAUGGACCUAACACAUUGAAGCUUAUUUAUGAUAGAGGCUUAAUCGGCUCAACUCAUAACUGGUGUGAAGCAUACUCGACCUACCCACGUACAUACGAUCUUCUCCACGCUAGCAACGUGUUUUCCGAAAUAAUCGAAAAGAAAGGUUGCAGUGGUGAAGAUUUGUUGAUCGAGAUCGACCGUAUUCUGAGGCCCACGGGCUUCCUAAUCGUCCGGGACAAAAAGCCCGUCACCGAUUUCGUGAAGAAAUAUUUACCCGCAAUACACUGGGAGACGGUUGCGGUGGCGGAUUCGCCGUCGGAAUCAGAUGGAGAUGAUGUUGUGCUUAUAGUCCAAAAGAAACUAUGGCUUACAAGUGAAAGCUUAAGGGAAACAGACUAAGUUUGAACCUAAAAGACCACUCUUCUGUUUUGUAGCAUCAAAUUGUGACGAUAGUUUCUACUUAAGGUUUAGUUGAUUUAUUUGUUAUAAUAUACAUUUGCGUCUACAAACUCUUUAUUUUCUAUA